AUGGACCGCCCUUGUUGCCGCGUCGGCUUUUCCAUGUACUGCGUUCUACAGGUCAUUGCCUUCAUCUUCAUUCUUGUGGGAACCCUGGUUGACCAAUUCCGCGUACAGAACGUGAGUGUGCUCAGCAACAAACCGUGUCUGACGAUAUGGGGCUUCAAGGACAAGUGCGUCUCUCUCAGCUGGAGUGUCUCGACAAAGGACUGGUGGAAGGGCUGCCCUCAGCGCCUGAAGCGCUUCAAUGCGGCGGAGGCUCUGAGCAUUGCUGCUGUCCUCAUCAGUGCUCUGGCGAGCCUCAUUGGAUUUUUCAUGUUGUGCUACUGCCGCUGCCUGCGCUGGUUUUGCCUGAUUCUCAACAUUCUGGCCACCGGCUGUGGCUGUGCCAUCACUGCGCUCAUGAUCGACGCCUUCUACAACAACCAUGAGGGAGGCCUUCAGCAGUACAACAACUCCUGCUACGCGCUCCGCCAGGAGGGCUCCGUCAUUUAUCCCCCGGCCAUGACAGAUGGCAAUCCAGUGGCCACCAACUACAACUACGGUGCCGGCUUUGCCAUUUACAUUGCCGGCUGGGGCCUCUGCUUCAUCAACAUCCUUUUCCUGAUGCUGCCGUACUAA